UUCUCCCGGUCACAUGAUCCCGCUAAUCCCAAACACGGAAAUUGUGGGUUCCCCGAGGCAGACGAACGUACUUCGACGCAUUUAAGAUAUCGAACAUGUUUCUUAAUUACCAAAACUUGUUUUUAACCGCGUGGUCGUUAUAUAUUUGCUCCGUUGCGCCGAGCGAAGGAGCUAACGCCACACUUUCCGUUUCAGCUGCGGCGGAGUCGCCCGUUUUUCUGCCGGCGACGGAGGACGACUCUCCCGCCCCCUUCAUCUUGAUGUCCGCCUUCCCGGACGAUUUGGAGGUGAGCGACUACUGCAGCGAGCUGCUGAGCCUGUUUGGCCAGCGCUAUGAGACCUAUGUCAACUGCCUGGUUACGUCUGCCCGGCCGGUUAAAGUUUGCCAGAACUGCUUCGGCGCCUACGGCAUGCUGGUGAACACCUACAUGAACAUCUCCUCGGAACAGUUGGGUCCUGGCAAUGAGAGCUGCAGGGACAGCCUUCUGCGCAGUGACCGUCUCAUGCUGGUCUAUCUGCUGUUUAACAACCUAAAGGACAUGUGGACCAAAUCUGCCUGUGACAACUGUAUCAAUGAUGGAUUCCAGAGCCUCACCAAUGACACUCUGUAUUUCAUGUCCACUCUCAACCAAACUCUCACCUGCUUUGAUAUGUAUCAACAGGGGAACCACACAGAGCUGUGUAAAAACUGUAAGAGUGCAUAUAAGGUCCUCAAUGAGCUUUACAGCCGCAUGGAGAAGAACGACACCAUGUGUAUUGACAUUGAGGAUGGGAUGAACGUGACCCGCAGGCUGUGGAGUAAAAACUUCAAAUGUUCCCUCCCCCGCGAGGAGACGGUGCCUGUCAUCGCCGUGUCCGGCUUCAUGCUCUUUCUGCCCAUCAUCUUCUACUUGAGCAGCUUCCUUCACUCGGAACAAAAGAAACGCAAGCUCAUACACCCCAAGAGAGCAAAGUCGUACGCCGCCAGUCUGAUGAACAUUCAGGACAAGCAGAGCUGAUGGCGGACGCCACUGAGGUGUUCCAAGUUUUGCACGUUUGGGAGGUUUGUGGUAAGAGCGGCUGUUACCCUCCGAAGGAUGAUUUCACCUGCUGUCAGUACUUUGAGGACCCGGACGAAUUGAAUGUUAAACACACUGAAGGUUGCAAUGUUCACAUUGUCCAAACUUUUCAUUUGAUUUUUUUAAUGCAGUUGUAUAUGUCAUUAAAUUAGGAUGUUUUGACUUUACCGCUGUCAGUGAAGCAUUUUUAGGAAUAGCCAUUUACAACUCAACAGUUUGAGUGUUUGCAUCCUGGUGUGCAACUAUUUAUGUUUAUUAAUUUCCACAAUCCUUACAAUAUAUCAACCGUGAUUAAAUGUGAAAGAAAUUAGUUAGCUCGGCUUUUAUUGAGCCUUCUUUGUGAGUAAAAUGUGAAACAUCAAAACCACUGAAGUGGUUUUUACCCUGCUGUACUUUAUGCUGCUGUAAUUCAAAAUUGAUUAAAUAGGAACGGAUCCGUGCUUUUAAA